GAUUGCUUCUCUUCUUUAUUAUCAUCUCUCACUCUCUCUCUGAACUUUUGAGUUCAUACUGCUAUAUAUAUUUAAAUCACCGGUUUAAUAUUUGGUCCGAUGACGAUGAAGCAAGAAGACUCGGCAGCUGAACAUCCCGAAGUUGCUAUAAUCUUGGGAGAUUCUUCUUCUUCUGCUCCUCCUCCUCCUCCUUCUCAGGUUGAUCAUCAGGUGAAAGAAACACCUACUGAAGAUGUGCACAGCUCUCAACCUAGCGGUGGAACCCACUCGGAUCUUUCAAUACAAAUACCCCCUAGACCAACCCCCUUUGGUGGCGGCAGCCGUAUCCCAAAGGGUUCACUCAAGUCCACAAGCUCAUUCAAAAGCGGCGGCACUACAUCCUCACCAAGAGGAAUCUUGCGUAACCUAAGCUUGAAAAAGAAAGCUGUAGCUCAUCCUGAAAGCGAGAGAAGCUCUCUGCUCUCUCCCGCUCUCAUGGAAGAAGAAACAGCUAAAAAGGCUAAUAAUAACCCUCCCGGUUCAGCAGCUACUUCGACUUAUUGGCAAAGAUGCUUGUCUCUUCCAUCUAGACAGCCCGCAAAGCUGUCUCCUGUGGUACCUCCUGCUCACGUCUCAGUUUCUGUUCCCGGUGAACCUCCUAAGAAAGAUUCUAUACGUCCACCAGUUCCAAGGUCAUUGUCCAUGCCUGGGAGAAACAAAGUCAUUGUCCGAUCCGUUUCUUUUGACAACCGCAAAGCUCUUGAAACAAGCGCAGAUCAAAUCUCUCCAGUUCCAACUGAAGAAACAGAAGAAGAGAUUCCGGAAGAAGAAGCGGUGUGCAGGAUCUGUCUGGACGUGUGCGAAGAAGGCAACACUCUGAAGAUGGAGUGCAGCUGCAAAGGCGAUCUCAGACUAGUUCACGAAGCGUGUGCCAUCAAGUGGUUCAGCACAAAGGGGACGAGAACCUGCGACGUCUGUAGACGAGAAGUCAAGAACCUACCGGUUAUAUUGCUUCGCGUGCCUACAACUAAUCAACUGAACAGCAGGCGUGGUGGUGAUCGCAGCAGUCAACAGAGUAUGCAGUCACAAACCGCUAGUGCUUGGCAAGAGUUUGUGGUGUUAGUUCUUAUCAGCACAGUCUGUUACUUCUUCUUCCUCGAGCAAUUACUAAUUCGGGAUCUCAGCACGCAAGCUAUCUACAUAGCAGGACCAUUCUCAUUAACGUUAGGCCUCUUAGCAUCUGUUUUUGCCAUUGUCCUAGCUAUCAGAGAAUACAUAUGGACAUACGCAGCGCUUGAGUUUGCUCUUGUAGGCAUUUUGGUUCAUCUAUUAUACUCUACAGUGAGACUACCUCCGAUCUAUUCUAUACUAUUCGCAGGGAUUCUUGGUUUUGGGAUAGCAGUGUGCCUAAACUCAUUGUACCUUCAUUAUUUCGCUUGGCGUAUUCGUGUUGCAGAAAACUCAAAUCAAGUGUGAAAACGCCUAUAUAUUCUCUGGUGUGUGCUUGUUGUAUUCUAGAAAAAAAAAAGAAGAACAAGAAGGUGUUUCAUCUGAUCCAGCAGUGACAUGUAAAAUGUAUAUAUGUUCAACUCUUCUUCAAACGUGUGUUAUAAGUUGUAAAAGAGAAAUUAUUGUAUCAGGUGAAAAGAGUUUUAAUGUAUGUGAUCUGUUGCAUCA